AUGUCGUGGUUGGUGAAAUACUGGCUUUCCGUUGUGCCGAGUGGUUCUCCAGGUUCGGACGUCUCCGCCAGGUACCCCAUUCAAGUUCCCAAACGGGACGGGAUGGGGUACAUCGAGAACACGGAGGUUGAAGGUGGUUGUAUGAUGUUGAUGCGCAGGUUCCCUAAGGUUACUAUUUGGCCGGGUGGAUUUGAAACGGUAAGGUGCAAGUGUUCAUCUGGGAAGAGGAAGCGAGGGGGUCGAUGCACAAGCUGCGUGUGCAUCACUAAAGGUUCUGGCCAAUGCUCAGAGUUGUGCAAGUGCAAGCUUACAUGCCGCGAGGAAGAGACGGAAGCAGGAAGAUCGUUCAGCUGAGGGAGGGCUAGUGGACAUGGAUGAAGAUAGUGACAGCGACAGCGACGAGGAACAGUUGCCGGGGUGUGUCUUAUCAGGCCAAGAAAAUACGUAUUUGGUUACGAAACCGUAUUUUCUUGAAAUAUAUGGAGGCGCUCCUCUACGUUUCCGUAAAAAGAGCGAAGCGUAUUUUUUCUGGGCUUGCUCCUUUUACGUUUCGGUGAAAAAUUUCCCGCUUUUUUGCGACUACCGGAGCAGACACCGGUCACGCGUGCUGUCUUCAUCACACCACACCUAGACAGCACCAACAACACCCCAAAGUGCUUCCCAAGGCAACUCCACUACCAUGCCUGAGCGUGGGAAGCGUCAAGAUCCCAGGGGGAUCGCAGCGCAACGCCGGGAGAAGCGCCGUCGGCGAGCUAUCGACGAGGAGGAUGUAGCCCAUGACAAGAGAUUCACAGUCUUGGGUCUUGUGAGGGCCGUAGUAGUGGCGG